AAGAAAAACAUGAAGUCUACAAUGUGCAAGUUGAAAAAGGUGAUAUCACUGAGCCUACAUUAAAAAAGGAUAAAAUCGUUAAUAUGCAUGCAAAAAAAGAGUAUAAUAAAAAUUUGAGAACAAUAAUCUGGCAACAAAAUAAAAAGAAAAAGCCACAAGAUGCAAAAGAAAAGAAUGUACUAUUCGAUGUUACAAUAUCAAAUAAUACAUUACUUGAUGCUUCAGUUGAAGCAUUAAGUAAUAUAUUACUUGAUGCCUCAACUGAAACAUCAAGUAAUACAUUACUUAAUGUUUUAACUGAAAUAUUAAGUAAUAUAUUACUUGAUGCAUCAACUGAAGCAUCAAGUAAUACAGCAUCAUUACAACCAUCUCUUGCAACUAUACAAAGCCCUCUACUACCCAUUAAUCCUAUGGCAAUUCUACACAUGUAUUUAGAAAAAGUUAAUCAACAAUGCUUAAUAAAAAAUCAUCCAAAAGCAAAUAUGCCUAUUUAUGAUCACCUGUGUUUAUUAAGUAUAAGCUGGUAUAUUCAGUUGUUACUAGAUAAGCAAGGUAAAAUGAAUGCAAAUUUUCAGAUUACACAAACAGUAUGGAAUAAGGAUGAUUAUACAGCAAGAUGUAUUUGA